AUAUAGUAUAUAUAUAAAAAUGUCAGAUUAUUUUCUCUUGAGUCAAACUUGAAGAAACCAGGACAAAAACAGCAAAACAUUCAUUUUAUAGCUCAGACGUAUAAAACAAAUACAGUAGUUAGCUUUAUAAAAUAAUCAUGAAUUGCAGCCUCAUUAUAGCCAUUAUUUCCACUGCUUAAAAUUCAAAUUUUGAUUUGAAAAAGAUGAAUUAUUCGUCCUUUUAGCUGUAACAUGUUGCGUAAAAGGCGCAGAUGAGUCCGCACAUGCACUCUGUUUGUCGCUCUCUCUCCAGUCCUAAUUGGUUUAAGCACGAGUGCUGCCGUUUAAUGGGGCGAACACGCGCCCGCUAAAGCCUAAUGGACAGCAAACACGGUGAGAGUGCAUGCAGCUCAAGGACCCGUCGUGUUGGGGACACGCGCUAAAUGGUGUUAAAUGACGCAUUUGCACAAGUGCAAUGUAAUGGGAACAUGUUAAAGGUGGACACCUGACAUGGAAAUGGCGCAGAGCGGUUUUAAGAGGGUCGUAAGGUUGUGGAAAUUGUCUGUGAUGUUUGAACUUUUCUCCCACGUGAGUUUCCAAGACAACUGUCUCUUAAUCCAGGUCUCUUAUCUGGCAGCCGGUCAACCGGUGUUUGCGUCCCAUCCGUAUCGAUCUAUCAACAACAGCGCAGUAUAUGCAAGACACGAGACACGUCCAUACAAAGUGUCAAUGGCUACAUGAGGAUAAUCCACGACCUAUACGUGGCAAAAGUGCGCAUUUUAGAUAGACUAAAACGGGACCAUUUUUGACCCAUUUCUCAUGUGUGGACGAAGGAUCCCACAGAUUGUGCUGCUGUAGCGGCAAACACAGGUGGGUGACAGGUAAACGUUGUGGUAUUUACAGAGGGACAUUGAUUUACGCGCUAAUGGCGUUCAGUUUACUGAAAACACACACGCACACAGGUGAGCUGCAGAAUAUCCUGGAAACUGAGGGUCCACGGUGUCUUUUUGAGCAAACAGUGAAACCAAUGGCGUGUGCGCUGCAGAGUCACGUGGUGAUAAAGUGACACACCUGUGUGCAGCAGUGCAGGCCCUCACAGUUGCGCCAGAGGCAGGUAAGAGAGGAGUAGGUCCGCACCCCCAAGGCAGGGCGCAGCUACGGUGCAUGUGCGCGCAAACGGCCCCACAGCCCACCGGGUCUUUGGCAGCCAUGAAUCGGGAAGAUCAUUACUACCCCACGCAGCUUUUUAAAGAGUCGUGUGCCUACCAGAGACCACAGGGCGAGGACUACAGCCACAGCCCGCCGCCCUGUCUCUACAUGAGCAGGCAGGUGCAAUCCGUCUACACACCGCCGGCCAUGGGAGUCCUAGAGCACGCCGGGCUUCCUGACAUCGCGCACUCCUACAGUCUGGCCAGUCUGCGGGAUGAUCCUGCAGGUGUGCCGCAGCUCCACCACCCACAGGCGCUCCAGCAACACACUGUCCAACCCGCCGCAGGUUAUGGAGACGCGGGGGAGCAAAGCAGAUAUCACCUGCCGUUUCCGUGGAUGAAGAGCACAAAAUCCCACUCGCACACCUGGAGGGGACAGUGGGCAGGGCCAUACGUGAUGGCAGAGACUGAGGAAAACAAGCGCACGAGGACUGCAUACACGCGCGCGCAGCUGCUGGAGCUCGAGAAGGAGUUCCUGUUCAACCGCUACAUCUCGAGGCCCCGCCGCGUGGAGCUGGCGUUGACCCUCAGCCUCACCGAGCGCCACAUCAAGAUCUGGUUCCAGAACCGGCGCAUGAAGUGGAAAAAGGAGGAGGACCGGAGGAAGGCGCGCGGGUCCGACCCUGAUCAGGACUCCUCGAUCACCUCUGGAGACCAGGGGGAAGCGGCGGCGGGAGGGGUCUCCUCCACGAACGGACCUCACGCUGCUUCGCCGCCCGUUUCCCCGCUGCACGCUCACUCUCUGUCCGCCCCUGGAUCUCGAGAGACCGCGUAAUUAGACCAGCAGCAGGCGCCUUUCCUCCACCAAGAUGGACACCCGCAAUCACAGUGAGAGAGGAAUAAAAGCCUGUAAACUCGGUGACAUGAGCACAUUUGUGAAAGAAACUAUUAUAUUUUCCUACUUAACUCAACAAGAAAAGCACAAGACUUGUGUUGUGGAUGUCAAUGUGCGUCGUGCGUGGACUAAGGAGACUUAAACUUCAUGAUUCAGUCUUGUUUCUGAGAAAGCGUCUGAUUCACCACCAGACUCAUGAGUGUAAAUACGCAUCAUAUGACUGGAGGACUAAUCUGUGAUCACAUGUGUACAUAUAACGACAACGUGAAAAUUGUAAAAAGUUUUAAUGAAUAAUGCACAUAUAUGAUUGUUUAUAACUUUAAACGGAAGGAAGAAUAGCUCACAUAUUUGAAAUAAAACACGUAUCACAGCCUGUACAGGUGUGAGAGCAGUGGCCAUUUCUAACUCCAUCGGGAAACAAGCGUUUGGAGCGUCAGUGCGCACGAGGUCUUGGAGUCGCAGGUCUUCUUCACCUCCUCGAUGCUGCGCUCUCUCUCCGCCGCGCGCUCGCUUUGAUGUUCAUCCGAGCGCAGAUGACAAACAGGAACCCGAACCGCGCGGUGUACUCCUCGUUGAGCUGUGCCAUGCGCAAUUUCUCCUCGGGCUCCAGCGCGUCCACUCCGGCUAAACUCUGCUCCUCCUGCGACUACUGGGUCAGGGUACCCAUUUGAAGGUCUCUGCCUGCGAGGACAGAGAGACACCUAAGGAUGCCCUCCUUACCUGGACACAAAUGAUGAUCGAUUACUGCUCGCAGUUUGGUUCCCAGCGGCGCCAUUACGCACUGCUGUGCCACCCAAACCUGAAACAAAACAAAACAGAAAUAUAUUGACAAAUAAUUAACAGGCAAUUUUCCAAACUCGCGAAGGGAUGCUGCGACCACACCGCGGCUACUAUCGUUGGACACUUAUCCACCACAUUCUCGAAUAUUCUCACGUAAUCCUCCAAAGCAAGAGCGUUUACCGCGUCGAUGUCCAUUCUGUCCUGCUGUUCGAAAAU